ACUCUCUCUCCUUAAAGAACAGGGUCACUCCUACCACACCAAAGCCAUACCAUAUCGUCAGGUCGAGCUAUGGAGUUCAAACCGAGCGAGCUGAUCCAGUUCAACGGCACGGACCCCUCGAAGCCCAUCUACGUGGCGAUCAAGGGCCGGGUCUUCGACGUCACCACCGGCAAGUCGUUCUACGGCCCCGGCGGGGCGUACGCCAUGUUCGCGGGCAAAGACGCAAGCCGGGCUCUUGCCAAGAUGAGCAAGAACGACGAAGACGUCUCUCCUUCCCUCGAAGGCCUCUCCGAGAAGGAGAUCGGCGUCCUCAACGACUGGGAGAAGAAGUUCGAAGCUAAGUACCCUGUCGUCGGUCGUGUCGCCUCUUAAGUCUUAAUCUCUGAUUAAUUAGUUAAUCCGCAUCAUGUAUUCUCUUGUCCUGUUAUUACUGGAGUUACUCGUGUGGUGUUAUAAGGUUGUUGUGCCUUUUGAUGCUGGAAAUGUCUCAAGACAUUACGUGGAUAUCGUGUAUGGAUAUUGAAUAAGGAUUGUAAUAAUCUUAGGCUUUCGACUGUUUCGAUUUGUGCUAGUAGGAAAAUAAAGAAGGUGAUGUAUGGUAGACUGUCUUCUGCACU